AUGAUGUUCUUCAUCAAGAGAAAAGUGAUUCCACGGUCAGUUGUUUUUUAUAGCACCAAAAUCCACCAACCCCUCUUUCACCAUCCACUGUUUUGUCCAAAUCUCAUCGGAAGAUCAAAAUUUUCUUCAUCCGGAUCUCUUCAAGAUCGUGAUAAUUUUAACUUACUUAACCACAAAGACUGGUUAAGCCCAACUGAGGUUGUCAAGAUCUUCCUAACCCUGAAAGAUCCCAAUUCAGCUCUCACAGUACUUGACCAGCUCUCAAAGCGCAAAGACUAUAAACCCAAUGAAGCUCUUUUCAAUGCAGUCAUCAACAAGCUUGCACUAGCCAAUAACUUUGAUGGCAUUGAGGAAGUCAUGAAAAGAAUCAGAGUUGAAAAAAGUUGUAGACUUUCUGAUGAUUUUUUCUACAAUGCUAUCAAGAUCUAUGGCCAUGUUAUGGGUCGAAUAAAUAGAGCGAUUGAGAUCCUUUUUGAUAUGCCAAAAUAUAAUUGUUGGCCGACAGUGAAAACUUUCAAUUUUGUGUUGAAUUUGCUGGUGUCAACAAAGCAGUUUGAUGUUGUUCAUGAGGUGUACAUGGGUGCUUCCAGAUUGGGAAUAGAAAUUGAUGCUUGUAGUUUGAAUAUAAUUAUCAAAGGGUUGUGUAAGAAUGGAGACUUGGAUGCUGCAUUCUAUGUGCUCGAUGAAUUUCCUAAACAGGGUUGUAUACCGAACGUGAGGACUUUUUCUACUUUAAUGCAUGGGUUAUGUGAGUGUGGUAGGGCUGAUGAAGCACUUGGGCUGUUAGAGAGGAUGGGAAAUGAAGGCGUAGAACCAGAUACAAUCACACUAAAUAUAUUGAUUUCAGGACUUAGGAAACAAGGGAAGGUUGAAGAAAGUAUUGAACUUUUCGAUAAAAUGAGGCUAAACGGGUGCGAUCCAAAUCCGGGGACUUAUCAAGAGGUCUUGUAUGGUUUGCUUGAUAGCAAGAAUUUUGUUGAGGCAAAGGAUUUUAUGGGUAGGAUGAUACUGUCGGGUGUGAAUCCGAGUUUUGAGUCAUAUAAGUUGAUAAUACAUGGGCUUUGCAACCAAAAUCUUCUGGGAGAUGUAGAUUGGGUUCUGAAGCAGAUGGUGAGGCAUGGUUUUGUACCUAAGAUGGGAAUAUGGAGGCAGAUUCUUCAGGGCAUCCGCUGGUGGAAUUUGAAGAUUUUAGUGUUAAAAUCCUUGCCAAGACAGCUGCUUGAUGAUAAAGAGUCAGAGGAGCUAUCAUGCCCUGGUGAUAGGGAAAGAGCCUUUCUUGAGAAGAACAUGGAGCUGACCCAUGGAGCCUUUCUCAAGAGAAGUGCAGGGCGAAAACAUCAGAGACUUCAUUAUUCCUUGGUAAGCCAGCACUUGAUGAAGAAGAAGAUAUAUAGAACAAGUGAACAAAGUGCUGCAUUGGCCUUGACACAAACUUGGCAGAAAGUUGCAGCAUUGCAAGUGACACCAGAAAUGGUCAGGAUGGCUAUAGAUUGUCUGCACACCAGACACCCUUCAAGAAGGUUUGAUGUCUCUCGGUUUCGGGUUUUUGUGGAACCAAUGCCGGCCCAAGUGUAA